AUGUUCUCAACUAUAUCCUCCGCGCCGCCGAAGCAGUCUGUUAGCGAGACUAUUACCACAUUGAGCAGUCGCCUAAGCUCAGCAACCCUCCUUGAAGAUCGUCGUGCUGCUAUACUGGGGCUACGAAGCUUUGCAAAGGAUUAUCCGGCUUCUGUAGCGUCAGGGGCACUGAGAAGCCUCAUAGGGAGCUUGAAUAAGGAUGGCGAAGAUGUCGACACGGUCAAAGUAGUCCUCGAGACUCUCCUGAUGCUGUUUAGUCCCAACGAAGAUAGUCCUGAGGCAUCAGAUGAAAUCGCCCUUUGGUUAGCGGACGAGUUUACGCAGCACCAGGAGAAUAUCAUCUUGCUUCUAGGGUUUAUUGAUUCGAAUGAUCUCUACGGGCGCCUCUACUCUCUACAACUGCUCGUGGCUAUCCUUUCAGCCCGCGCAGAACGUGCUGAAGAAAGCAUAUUCACUGCACCUCUAGGGAUAUCACGCCUUGUCUCUGUGCUCGAUGACAAUAGAGACGCUGUUCGCAACGAGGCAGUCACCUUGUUGACGUUCCUAACUAUCACAUCUAUCGAUAUUCAGAAGCUUGUGGCAUUUGAAAAUGCUUUUGAGAGAAUUCUCAACAUUGUGGAUGUCGACGGGUCUCUUUCUGAGGGAGGGAGAGCAGUUGAGGACUGUUUUAUUCUUCUUGCCAACCUGCUGCGUCGCAAUUCAACCAAUCAAUCUCUGUUCAGGGAGUCGGGAUGCAUUAAACGACUCGCUCAUUUGCUGGAGCUGCUGCUGCGGACUCAGAGUGACGAACUAGAGAUUGCAGACUGGGCCCUUGUACAGCGGAACCGUAAUGUCUACGCUUUCCUUGCUGUCGUUCGCCUCUUCUUGACUCCCGGUUCCGUUGGAACUAAGCAGAACCAAAGUGCGUUUCUGCAGCAAGGUGUCUCUUACAGUGUUCUGCAGUUGGCCUUCAGCCACCAGGUUGACGCACAAAUCAGAGCCGAGGCACUUGCAACUAGCGGCGAUUUGAUCCGCGGCCAUACUACCCUCCAAGAAACAUUUGCCCAGCAAACGGUACCUGCGCCACUCCAGGACGCACUUGAUCAGCCCGGGCAGAUAAACGGUCAUGCCAAGAUAUACGUUAUCGAUGGUUUACUGGAUUUGACUUUGGGCGUGCAGGAGUCAAGUGCUUUUGACAUGCGUUUCGCUGCUUGCGAAUGUCUCAAGGCUUACUUCUUCGAUCACACGGAAAUCAAAGCUCACUUCCUCAGCCGUGCGAUAGAAGGCUACCAAAUGGGCAAAGACGAGACCACGAAUGUUCUCACUAUCUUGCUCAACCCUACCGCCGUCGUCUCCCCCAAUGAUCCAUACAGAUCCUGGUUCGCUUCCGUCAUUGCUUUCCAUCUUCUCUUUGAGAACCCCACAGCCAAAGAAAAAGCAUCGGGCUUGACAGAAGGCGAUUCCGAGAACGGGGAAGAAGUUGUUACUGGCAUUCAGACUCUGGCGGCCCACCUGGCUGCUGGGGUACGCAGGGAUGACGACCCCAGGGUCCUUGUUGGUUACCUGAUGUUGCUUCUCGGCUGGCUUUUCGAAGACAUGGACGCUGUCAAUGAUUUCCUUACCGAAGGAAGCAAUGUACAAAGCCUCAUCCAUGCUGUGCUUCAACCUGUGGUUCCUGGCGGCGAUCUUGUCCGAGGACUAUGUGCUAUGCUCCUUGGAGUUGCGUACGAGUUUUCUACAAAGGAUUCGCCUAUACCGCGUGCUACAUUACACUCCAUUCUCCUAUCGCGACUGGACCGCGACCGGUACCUUGACCGAUUGAAGAUUCUUCGCAGCAAUCCCCUCAUAAGGGAUUUCGAGGUCAUACCUCAGAAAGCUAAUGUUUCGGCAUCCGGUGCGCUUCCAGACGUCUUCUUUGAUGCCGUAUUUGUCAACUUCUUUAAGGACAACUACAGCCGCAUAGCUCGUGCCAUAGAUCGGGAACCGGGUCUUGAGAUAUCGGUGAUCACCAACGGCGUGCAAAAGGGCGUGUCUAGGGAGCUUGUGGAUUCAUUGCGCAGCCAGGUCGAAGAAAAGGAGAACGCCUUGGUGGAGUCAGGGACGAAGCUGGCCUCUCUUGAGCAGCGACUGAGCCAGGAACAAGCAGAGCAUAACCGCACGAAACAGAAUGUUUCAGCUAAGUUGGCUAAAGCCAACGAGGCAAUUGAGGCUCGGAAGAAGGAACAUGAAGCCGAGAUCUGGAAACUCCAAGCCGAACAAUCUGCCAAGAUCUCCGCCGUCGAGAAGCAAACUGAACAAUUGCGAGGUCAAUUUGCUGCCAAGGAGGCUGACUUGCAGAGACAAUUGGCAGCAAGGAAUACUGCUUUUGAAAAGCAAGCUGAGCAAUUGCGAGGUCAGCUUACUGCCAAGGAGGAAGAGCAGCGCAAAGUGCUAGCCACCAAGGAAGCUGAAUGCGAAAAGCAGUUGGCCCAGGCGCGGCAGGGUGCUGAGGCGGAAGCUGAACGUCUCCGUCGAAGGACAGAGGCCGAAGUUGCCGACCUCAAGGCCACAAUAAGCCGCUUAGAAGUUGACCUAGUCAAGGCAAACAAGUCGAAGACGCAAGAGUUGCAGUCGCUCCGAGAAACACAUGAAAGGGAUUUGGCUGAACAGAGCAAGAGAGUCAAGGGUGCAGAAGAUAAGUGCCAAGGGCUAGAAAAGGAGUUGGACGAAGCGCAUAAGGCUACGGAUAAGAUGGGUGUCAAGGCCAAAAAGGCCGAGACUGAGAAGGCCGAGGCCGUAAAGGCAAAAGAAGCCACGCAAUCUGAGCUUGAUGACCUUCUUAUGGUGCCUACAAGUAACUCAUCCGAGAGCUCCAAUGAGAGCGACUGGGUUGAUGCCGAGCCCGAUGAGGAGCCAUCAAUUAUUGUGUCGUUCUUUGACGACCGCACCUUUUCAACAUUGCCAGAAAUGCUUGCUUACUGCAAAGACAAGCACAGCUUUGAUUUCUUAAACACUGUUCGCCGUCUACAUCUGGACUUCUACGGUGCUAUUAAGCUCGCCAACUUUGUUAGACGAUGCGUGCAGCAAGGACAAAACCUGCCUGAAGCUAUCUCACAAGAGGACAUCCGGGAUGACGAGCUACUGAAGCCUGUUCUUGAAAACGACGCCCUGCUCUUCAAUCUGGACGAGAUUCUGGAGGGCGAUGAUGGGAAAGAUAUCCCCGACCCUGCUCUCGUAGACUCCUCGACCAAGGAGCUCCUGGCUCACAAAAAGGCACUGGAGGAGGAACUUGAGGCUGUUCGCACACAAUUUGCCAACUACCGUUCGGCCGUGGAGCAGACCCUUGAUCGCCGUUGGGGCGAUGAAACUGAGGUCAGGCCGUCCAAGGCGGAGUUGAAGGACAACUCGGACUACUAUUUCGAAUCGUAUGCGGCACACGAAAUUCACGAGACGAUGCUGAAAGAUGCGGUUCGAACCGACGCUUAUCGCGACUUUAUCUAUGGCAACAAGCAUCUGUUCCAGGACAAGGUAGUCUUGGAUAUCGGAUGUGGAACGGGAAUCCUGAGCAUGUUCUGUGCUAAGGCUGGUGCCAAGAGGGUCAUUGCCGUUGACAAGUCCGACAUCAUGACAAAGGCCAUGGAGAACAUCUUCAACAACGGCCUUUCGGACACGAUUACUUGCGUUAAGGGUGCUAUCGAAGACGUAGUGCUGCCGGUUGACAAGGUCGAUGUCAUUGUCAGCGAGUGGAUGGGGUACUUCCUUCUCUACGAGGCCAUGUUGCCCAGCGUCCUCUAUGCACGAGAUAAGUAUCUCAAGUCUGACGGUAUCAUGGCGCCUAGCUCAGCCACCAUGUGGGUAGCCCCGGUUGCCAACCCUGAUUUUGUCUCUGACCAUAUUGCGUAUUGGCGAGAUGUGUAUGGCUUUGACAUGAAAGCCAUGCAGGAGGGAAUCUACGACGAGGCACGUGUUGAGGUUGCACCCAAGGAAACUGUCUGUGGCAAGCCUUUCCCAUUCAAGCUCCUGGACCUCCGAACAAUCACGAAGGAGGAGCUGUCUUUCUCUGCCCAGUGGGAGUCAACUUUGGACCGUGAUAUUGACAUACUUGAUGGAUACCUCGUCUGGUUUGACAACCACUUUUCCACGUCGUCCGAUGCGGCCAUGCCGGAGCCCGAGAUGACUGCAGAGGAGUGGAUCAAGAAGAAGCCGGGUAAUGUGGCUUUCUCGACUGGUCCGUUUACUACGCCGACACACUGGAAGCAAGGCUUCCUUCUCAUGCCGCCACACAACUCACUCAAGAGCCUCUCCAAGUCCACUCGACUUUCCGGUGAGAUCAAGUACUCGGUUCUCGAAGAAAAUGCCAGAGCUCUCUCAGUAGAUAUGACAUGGGCAGUCAAUGGUCAAGCGCCCUACACUCGGUCUUGGAAAAUGAAAUAA